AUGAAGUCUCCGGUGGCUUCUCCGCCUCGCAAAAUCAGUCCAAUUGCUUCACCGUCGCUGUCUCCGGCGGCAUCUCCUCCAACCGUUUCUCCGUCUGGCAGCGUGCCUGUUCCCAGCCCAUCUCAGGCGACUCCUCCUCCGGUUAGCAGCGCCGCUCCGGUGUCGCCGCCUCUGCCGUCGUCUACUCCGGCUAGCGCCCCUGAAGCGGCGGAUGUCCCUUCGGCUGCUGGAGUACCGUCGAGUUCUUCGCCUGAUGUGUUCCCCUCGAGUAGCACUCCGCCGCUCGGCUCGGCACCGGAUAGCGCUCACGGCCCAGUGGCUGAUGAUUCCUCCGCCGCGAAUUCUGCGUACGGCGGCGCCUCUGUUUUGGUUGCUGGGAUUGCUCUUUGGGCUGCCGUUGCGAUCUAA